AUGAAGGCUUUCAUUCUUCUGGCUCUGUUCGCAGUGGCAUAUGCUGCUCCCAUCGAGGAUGACAAGAUUGUUGGAGGCUACGAGUGCAGAAAGAACUCUGUGCAGUACCAGGUCUCUCUGAACUCUGGCUACCACUUCUGUGGAGCCUCCCUGAUCUCCAGCACCUGGGUGGUGUCUGCUGCUCACUGCUACAAGUCCCGCGUGCAGGUGCGUCUUGGCGAGCACAACAUUGCUGUCAAUGAGGGCACAGAGCAGUUCAUCAACUCUGCCAGGGUCAUCCGUCACCCCAGCUACAACAGCCGCAACCUGGACAAUGACAUCAUGCUGAUCAAACUGAGCACGCCCGCCUCCCUGAACAGCUACGUUAGAACCGUGUCCCUGCCCUCCAGCUGUGCCAGCUCUGGCACCCGCUGCCUGAUCUCUGGAUGGGGCAACACCAGCGGCUCUGGAAGCAACUACCCUGAUCGUCUGAGGUGCCUGGAUGCCCCCAUCCUGAGCGACAGCAGCUGCAGGUCCGCCUACCCUGGACAGAUCACCUCCAACAUGUUCUGCGCUGGAUACCUCGAGGGAGGCAAGGACUCCUGCCAGGGAGACUCUGGCGGCCCCGUGGUGUGCAACGGUCAGCUGCAGGGUGUGGUGUCCUGGGGUUACGGCUGCGCCCAGAGGAACAAGCCUGGAGUGUACGCCAAGGUGUGCAACUACAACUCCUGGAUUCGCAACACCAUGUCCUCCAACUAA